CGCCAGGUAAGAGCCCCAAAUCCUGUUCACUCUCCGAAGAGAAACUAGAGAAAACCUGUUUUCCCAGCGUUCAGUUUCAGCUGCACGGGCCUUACAACAGCAAACUCUUUGCUUUCGGGAAAUAGAAGAGUUUAUCCUGCUUGAUAGUUUUGUUGAUUUUAAAGAAGAGAAGAUGGGUUUUAUUCCUGUGGUUCUGCUUCUCUUUGCUUUGAGCGCAACUCUGGCACAGAGUACGACAACACAACGGACUAACGUCACAACACAAACUACAACCCAGACAACGACACAGACUACGACACCACCUCCAAGUUGUGAGAGCAAAAACGGCACUAGCUGUGAAGAAUGCUUGUCAAAUGUCAAUUGUUUAUGGUGCAUCCCAACCAAGAGGUGUCUGACAUACCCAGCCAAAACCAUCCUGCCCCCCCAUUCCCUCUGCCCGCUGAAUGAUGCUCGCUGGGGUCUGUGCACAAUAAACUUCCAGAUCUUGAUCAUCACGGUGUCGGUGGCUGGAGCGCUCCUCAUCGUUGGUUUUUUUAUCUGCAUCUUCUGUUGCUGCAAGUGUGAGAACAUCGGAUCCGCUCGAUUUGAAAACAAUAUGAACCGGAAGGCAGACAAGAGAAAGACAAAACAAGGGGAGAGAACCGCCGAGCUGAAGACAAGACAUGAUGAGAUCCGGCAAAAAUAUGGUCUCAGCCGAGCGAGCCCUUACGCCAGAUUUGAAAAUCCCACAUAAAAGUGUUGGUUUUAAUGUUUCAUAGAUCAAUUCUUUUACAGUCUAUAGUCUCCAUGCAAACAGGAAGAAUGUGAUUCUGCACAUUGUGAUUUCUACAGUAUCACAAUUCAUCUUCAGAUAUAUCCUAUUCAGUUAUUUUAUUCUGUAUGUCUCAGAAAAAAUUGAACUUUCUCGGGUAGGCCUCGUUUCUAGAAAAAUGGUUACUUUGUUACGUAUGAACAAAACUGCCUGUAUUUAUUUAUGUUAAGUGAACAUGUAUGUUGUAUGAAGUGUUUUUGUCCGACACUGACAAAGCUUCAGAAUGCUGACACAGAGCGCACAGUCUCUUUAGCAGCGAAUGAGCUCAGCAUCCGCACGGCUUUGACAUGUACACACGUUUCUCACGAUUACAGCACGUGCAGUCAGAAUAAAAAUCACCCAUUAUAGAAAAAUACUAAUGUGUGUUUACUGGUUUAUACCAGUUAAAAGGAGAUUCUUAGAAACCAGCAGCAUGGCUAUUUUUAUAUUACAAGACGACUCUUUAGCUUGUUUGAAAUGACUCAUUUCUACAUUCUACGACCAUUUUUUCACUGCCUAUUGAUUUACUUUUUUAAAGACCUGUCAUGAUUUCAUGUUUUCAAUAAAAUACGUCAAAGCUACUUUGUUAAUCUCAAAUCAAUGCGAGGUCAUAGUCACUGUUACACAUAAAGUACUCUGGGUUGCUUGUCGAAAACAGCUACUAUUAACUAUUAUUUCUGUGCACUUUCAUCAAUAAAACCGGCCACUUUCAGUGAAAGAAGUGAAAAUUCGUAGUAUAAACUUUGAAGUGAACUACUCCUUUAAGACGCUUACUAUAGUAUCAACAUUUGAUUUCUUUUCAACUCUUUAUCAACUAUUUACUUCAGUAGUUGAAUUACAUCUAUGUUAACAGCUGCCAGGUGGAAUUACGGUCUUACCAAAGUUAACCGUGAUUUUACCACAGGAACCGUAGUUUAAUCAUGAAUUUUUGAUGUAAAACUGUGGUCAUGCAAAUGUUAAUCAAUCCAUUAAAAAAAUGCUACUACACUUAAAAAAUUUAAACUGCAAUA